CUCCCUAGUCUGUACCCCGCCUCCCCGCUUUGCAAAGCUGCUCCCGACAUGCUCUGAGCUGCGGAUCCCAGCGCCGGCCCUCCGCCCCAGCUCCGGACGGAUCCCUCGCCGGGACCCUCGGAGGCGCCAUGGCCGAGUGGGCGCCCGCGCAGGUAAGCAGCGCGCGCUCCCCAAGCCCGUGCGCCCUUGCAUCUCUCCGGCUCCUCCUCCUCCUCGCGUCCGCUGGGCUUCCUGGAUCCUGCUCUUUCUGCAGGGGAAGAGGAUGCACUUUGCGCCCGGCUGAUCCGGACGAGCUUCCCCCUCCCUCCGGGGUACUUACCCCGCUUUUACCCCGCUCUGCUCCCCUCCUUCCCGGUGCAAAAGGGAAAGGGAACGGCGGCGUCGGUUGUUAAGCAGGCGGGAUGGCGGAAUUCUGCGGGUGGAGAUGCGCGCUUGCAGCCCGUGCUGUGUGAACGGGGUGCUUAAAUUCGGAAUCAGGUUCUUCCUUUAAUGGGACUCUGCCUCUGCCCUCCCCGUGCCUGGUUGUGGUUUGCACCUUUGGUGCAAAGGGACCAAGUGGGGAGCAGAGAUCUCUUAAGGGGCAAGGAGAGGGCAGAAAAUUAUUAUUAUUGCUAUUAUUAUUAUUAUUAGUGCUUUAUUCUAAGGGGAAAAGGUGUUGGUACUCACCAUGAAUUUGUCACAGUAAGUGCCACACUUUUAAUAUUUUUUUUUGGGGGGGGUACCAGUACUAUGUAUCCUUGAGGUAACUGUGCCCCUGAAGGACCAGGUGCGCAGCCUGGGAGUCAUUUUGAACUCACAGCUGUCCAUGGAGGCGCAGGUCAGUUCUGUGUCCAGGGCAGCUGUCUGCCAGCUCCAUCUGGUACGCAGGAUGAGACCCUCCCUGCCCGCGGACUGUCUUGCCAGAGUGGUGCAUACUCUAGUUAUCUCCCGCUUGGACUACUGCAAUGUGCGCUACGUGGGGCUACCUUUGAAGGUGACCUGGAAACUACAACUAAUCCAGAAUGUGGCAGCUAGACUGGUGACUGGGAGCGACCACCAAGACCACAUAACACCGGUCUUGAAAGACCUACAUUGGCUCCCAGUACGUUUUGGAGCACAAUUCAAAGGGUGUUGACCUUUAAAGCCCUAAAUGGCCUCAAAGGCCCAGUGUACCUGAAGGAGCGUCUCCACCCCCAUCGUUCUGCCCGGACACUGAGGUCCAGCACUGAGGGCCUUCUGGUGGCUCCCUCCCUGCGAGAAGUGAGGUUACAGGCAACCAGGCAGAGGGCCUUCUCGGUGGUGGCACCCGCCCUGUGGAGCACCCUCCCAUCAGAUGUCAAGGAAAUAAACAACUCUCUGACUUUUAGAAGACAUCAGAAGGCAGUUUAGGGAAGCUUUUAAUGUUUGAUGCAUUGCUGUAUUUUAAUAUUUUGUUGGAAGCCGCCCAGAGUGGCUGGGGAAACCCAGCCAGAUGGGCAGGGUAUAAAUACUAAAUUAUUAUUAUUAUCACGGCCCCUUCCCAACCACAGUGAUUCCAUUAUAACAGGCAUGUCUGACAGGUAGAUUGUGACCUACCAGUAGAUCACUGGAUGUCUGUGACAGAUCCCUGGCAGAUCACUGGUUCCCUCCAAAGAAGAUGAACCCCCAAGAAACAGGCCUUCCUCCUUCCUAAAUAUAAUUCCCUGCAUUAUAAUAUUUAUAUCCUACUUCUUCUCCAAGGAACUCAAGGUGGUGCUUGAGAGACGCGUUGCAGGCCAGUCUUCCCCAACAUGGUGCCCUCCACAUGUUUGGAGUGUUUUCAGAAAUGGCCAAAACAAAGAGCUUAGUUCCUUUUGUGAAAAAAACCAACAACUUGUGUCCUUGCCAACAGGCUCCGGAAUGGGAGGCUGAAUCUCGGGGCGCGCCGUCUUCCCUGCAGUCCCCUGCCAUCCUCGAGUGUCCGGCGGGGCAGGUGACGGAGGCGUCUGUCUGGACUCUGGUGGCCGCUGUCCAGGCGAUGGAGAGCAAAGUGGACGCUUUGACAUCUCGGCUGCUGAGCCUGGAGGGCAGGACAGGGACGGCGGAGAAGAAGAUCUUUGAGUGCGAGAAGACGGAGCUGGAAAUCGGGAACCAGCUGGAGGGCAAGUGGACGGUGCUGGGGACCCUGAUCCAGGAGUACGGCUUGCUCCGGAGGAGGCUGGAGAACCUGGAGAACCUGCUCAAGAACCGGAACUUCUGGAUCCUGAGGCUCCCACCCGGUGUCAACGGGGAGGCCCCCAAGGUGGGUGGACCCUGCCUGACGAUAACAGGAGCAAGAUUGCGCUGGGGGACUUUUGGUGGAUGGGUUGAUGGGACCAGUUCAGUGUACGGAAAGCUGGAGCAGGGAGGAGACGCGAGCUCCCCUGGCUCUCUGGCCUUGGGUUAGUCGCUGGCAGGAGCCGGCCAGCAGUAAAUCACACUGUGCAAGUUAGAGUUAACUCUUUAUUAGCAAAAGCAGGAUUUUUUUUUUAAAAAAAAAAUUAUUAUGUUUCCCACAAUUAUAACAAAUACCACAUAACAAAACAAUCGCAGGGGGUUGAGCUAGAUGACCUUUGGGGGUCCCUUCCCGCGCUACCCUCCUAGGAUCAUUCGUUUCCCAGGGUGCUCUGGGGCAUCAACUUUUGUGGCUGACACCUUGCAGGUGACCUUUGAUGGCAGCACCGCCUUUUCCCAGGAGGAGCGGGAGAAGAUGGAGGACUGGCAGAAGGAACUCUACAAGAACAUCCUGAAGGGGAACUGCGAAUGCUUGAUCUCUCUCGGUAAGAGCCGGCGGGGGAAAGGAGGCUUCUGGGUCCUGCGUUCACCCUGGCCUGCCUCCAAAUUCUCCAUCACUUUGUUGUUGUUUUUUCAAAUUUUUUUAUUGAUUUUCCAAAUUUAUAACAAACAUAUAAAAGAAAACAUCAAAAAGAAACACAAACAAACAAGCAAACAUAAAUCCAAACUGUAAUAAUUCCAUUUUUGUUAACAUGGUUGGGUGACUUCCUCGAAUCCCCCUGGCUGAAUUUCCAUAUAUAUCAUUGUAGCAGUUUUCCAAAACGAAUUUCUCUUAAAAAUUACUUAGUCAAUUAACCUCUUUCUUUCUUUUCAUUUUAACUUUAUAUUGUUCUAUAGCAUCACAUAUUUAAAUCCUAGGCCAAUCUGAUACUUGGAAGUAAUUGAAUUCUCCUUCACUUUGGGGCUGUCCUCAGUCUCACCGCUUCUGUGCCACAAAAUACCCGUUUUCCGCAUUGGUAAGAACUCGAUUGCUCAGUGUGGCAGCCCCUACACUUCGGAACUCCCUGCCAAUUGAUACCAGGCCAGCCCCCUCGCUGUAGUCUUUUCCAGCAUCUGCUAAAAACACUACAGUCAUACCUCUUGUUACAUUUGCUUCAGGUUGAGCGUUUUCAGGUUGUGUCCUGCGGCGACCCGGAAGUAGCAGAACGGGUUACUUCCGGGCUUCACCACUCGCGCAUGCGCAGACACGCAAAAUGACGUCACGCGCAUUUGCAGAAGUGGUGAAUUGCGACCCACUCAGAUGCGGGUUGUGUUCUGUUCAGGUUGCAAAUGGGCCUCUGGAACGGAUCCCGUUCGCAACCAGAGGUACCGCUGUAUUGCUUAGACAUAAACAACGCUUAGAAAGCUGAGGUCAUUCCAGUGCUGUUUUCAUCCUUUAAAGUGCUGUUUCUUGAUUUUUAUGGUUUGUUUUUUUUUGCAGAUCACAUUGAGGGGUUGGUUUUUUUGUUUUUUUGUUUUUGCAAUCAGGCCUGUAUAAAUUUUACGAAACAAAUGAGUAAAUAUCCUGCUAUUCCCCCAAAAACAGCCCUUCCACCCCACUCUGUAAACUUAAGUAUGUCCUGUUCCUUGUCUCUUUUUUCAUCCCAACCCCAACAGAUUAUGCAAUCUCCAAACCAGAUAUUCUGUCCCGGAUUGAACGAGGGGAGGACCUGGGUCCUAGCAAACAGCAGGACGCAGACUCCAGGGAGAACCUCGGGGAUGCCAGCGUGGCUGAGAACCCCUUGCAGAAGCAGCGGAGCCAUCAGAGAAGCGCGGCUCCAUCCUUUGUCCCAGGUGACUGUUCCAAGCCGCUCCUUGGUGUUUGGGGGCUGGGGUGGGAAUCUUUGGGUCCCUUUCACCUCUACGGUUCUGUGAUCUUUUGGACUAGGUCCUUUUGGACUAGGCCUCUUCUGGUAUGCCCCGCGGAGGACCUUAAGGUCCACAAAUGACAACAUUUAGGAGGUCCCAAGUCGCAAGGUGGUUAGAUUGGUCUCAACUAGGGCCAGGGCCUUUUCAGUGCUGGCCCCGACUUGGUGGAACGCUCUGUCACAAGAGACUAGGGCCCUGUGGGACUUGACAUCUUUCUGCAGGGCCUGCAAGACAGAGCUGUUCUGCCUGGCCUUUGGUUUGGACUCAGUCUGAUCCUUGUGUUUCCCUCCCCUUAUGAUCUUGAUCUAUGGGCUACUUUUAAAAUGAGGCUGCAUUUUAAAUUGCAUUUUAACCUGUAUUUUAAAUUGUUUUUUUUCUUUUCCUAUUAUUUUUUUACUGUAAUUUUACUGGUGUUAGCCACCCUGAGCCUGGCUCUGGCUGGGGAGGGCGUGGUAUAAAUAAAAUUUAUUAUUAUUAUUAUUAUUAGUGAGCUCCAUGGCCCAGUAGGGAUUCGAACCCAGGUCUCUCCCAGGUCCCAGUCCGACACUCUAACCACUGCAACACACUUCCAAUGAAAGCAAUUCUUGGGGGGGGGGAUGAUUAUUGGUUUGUAUGAAGGGUUUUUUUGUUCUUGUUUUUAUUAUGUAUGUUUUAUUAUGUGUCUACCCAAAUGCAAUUUUGGUUUUAAACGCAGCAUAAGGAGUCUCUAUAGGAGUAUAUUGUAUUUUAAAAUGGGGUUUCAGAGUUUUUAGGGGUUUUUCGAAUGUCUUAUGUAGAUUUUUCAAUGUCAUUGUUCUGUAUGGGACAAUAACAAUAAAGAUAUCGUAUCGUAUGUAUUUUCAGUUUUCACCUUGUAUUUUUUUUCUCGUGAACUGCCCGGAGGUCUACAGAUGAAGGGCCCUAUAGAAAUUUGAUAAAUAAUAAUGAUGACAAUUCACAGAUCUUAAGAAAGGAAGAUAUCCCAUCUUCUUCUCCCAUCUCCUCUGCAGGCUCACCUGAGUCCAUCUCGGAGGCUGCCUCCUCCUCACAGGUAAAACAAGAGCAGGAGCCCUUGGCUAAGGAAGAAGAGGAGGAGAGUCCGGGGAGCAGAAUAGCCCCAGGUGAGUGAUCAAUGGCCCUUUUUUAAAAUCUGAAAGCCAGAAAUGGGUAGCUGUUAGGCCUUUUAUUCUGGAGACCAAUGGGUCUGGCAUUAACAUCCCAGUGGGAUCUUUCUCCAUGAAAAAGGCUCUUAGAUGCUUCCAGAGGAUAUAUUGGGGGACCUUGAAGGAGGAGUGUUUGGGGGGAAGAAUGUUGACCUGUGUGUCCUUUGUGGUGGAGAUGCCUAAUCUCUCCACUCCAGUGGAGUAAAGUCAGAGAUCCUUCUGCCCUCACAAGAGGCCUUAAUCCCUUGCAUUCAUAGGUGGCAAAUACCGAUUUCCUUUUCUUCCAAACCUUUAACUCCCCUGCCUUUUUUUUUUUUUUUUUUGCAAGCCAGUUUUGCAGUGAAGUAAAGCUCCAGGGAUCAGGCCAAGCUGCCAUCUCCGGAGCAAAAUGUUGCUUUGUUUGCCUAAAGUCAUAGAAUAAUAGAAUAAUAAUAAUAAUAAUAAUAAUAAUAAUAAUAAUAAUAAUUUUUAUUAUUUAUACCCCACCCUUCCCGGUUCAAAAACCAGGCUCAGGGCGGCUAACAACAAAUUUAAAACACUUAAUUGUAAAAGCAGCAUAAAAUACAGUAUAAAAACAUGAACAACAAUAAAAUUCAAAAAUCAAUUUAGGGGAAAUCAGCAUUAGACAAUUCCCAGGGCUAGCUGGCUGAAUUAGUCCUAUUUGGGCCAGCGAAGAGGCCAGGGGAGAAUUAGCUGUGGGGUCUCAGAGCAGGUAAGGGAAGGGAAGGGAAAUAAAAGAUCAGGCUGGAUUCAAAUUAAAGGCCAGGUGGAAUAGCUGUGUGUUUGCCACCCUCUGGACCUCUUGUGGAGGAGGACACAUGAAGAAGGGUCUCACAUGGUGACCACAGGCUCACCUGUGGAUUUAGACGCAGAUUGUGCAUGGAUAGAUAUAACGAUACUUGGAAUGCAUUUUUGUAAAAUUAUAAUGGCUUGGUAAUACAGUGGUACCUCGGGUUACGUACUUAAUUCGUUCCGGAGGUCUGUUCUUAACCUGAAAUUGUUCUUUACCUGAAGCACCACUUUAGCUAAUGGGGCCUCCUGCUGCUGCCGCGCUGCUGGAGCACAAUUUCUGUUCUCAUCCUGAAGCAAAGUUCUUAACCCGAGGUACUAUUUCUGGGUUAGCGGAGUCCGUAACCUGAAGUGUCUGUAACCCGAGGUACCACUGUAAUUGUAUAUUCAUUGCAACAAUAGCAGUGCUUAUUGAACUAUUUACAGUCUCAAGCACUUUUCCCUCGCCCACUCACUUCUUUCUCUUUAUUUGUUCACAAAUAAAAAAUUAAAAUUAAAAUAAAUUGUUGAUGCAGUGGACAGCUGGCUGGUGCACCAAAAAUGCAGGGCGCCUGAGGACCUGGAGCCCCACUGGACUCUGGCAGAGAGAUCGGAAGAGAAUGUCUACCAGGAUGUGAACGGCAGCUACGGUCUUGGUCAAGUGUUACCCCAGGGCUUCGCUGAGCAAGUCUUCCCUGGGGCGGCAGAGAGGGAUCCUGUCCCCCCGAAUGGACCUCACCUCCAACGGGGUUCCCCUGAGCGCCCCUACAUCUGCACCGACUGCGGGCACGCCUUCGCCCGCAAGGAGAAUUUCACCCGGCACCGCCACUCCCACCUGGGCGAGAGGCCGUUCUCCUGCCGCGAGUGCGGGAAAGCCUUCGUCCACCAGUCGACGCUGACCACGCACUACCGCACCCACACGGGGGAGAAGCCCUACGGCUGCGCCGAGUGCGAGAAGCGCUUCGGCCGCCUCUCGACCCUGGUGGAGCACCAGCGGACGCACACCGGGGAGAAACCCUACGCCUGCGGCGAGUGCGAGAAGCGCUUCAGCCGCCUCUCGACCCUGGUGGAGCACCGGCGUACGCACACCGGGGAGAAGCCCUACCAGUGCGCCCAGUGCCACAAGCGCUUCACCCGUAUGACCAACCUGACGGUGCACCAAAACACCCACGCCGGGGAGAGGGCCUAUUCCUGCACGCGCUGCGGGAACAGCUUCCCCCAGAAGGCCGGAUUCCUCAAGCACCUGCGUUCCCACGCCCGGGAGAAGCUCCACCAGUGCCAGGACUGCGCCAAGAGCUUCGCCUGCAGCUCCUGGCUGCUCCAGCACCAGGCGGCGCACUCGGGCGAGCGGCCAGAGGGUCGCUCCUGCUGCCAUGUCUGCGGCAAGGCCUUCCGCUGCCAGCGAAGCCUGAAACUGCACGAGCGCAGCCACGGCGACGCAGCGGGCGGCCCGUGGGCGACGCAGCCCGACAGCCAGGCUCCUUCCGUGAAAACGGAGGAGGUGGGGUGACGGAAGGGGGCAAAGGGGCUGUAUGGCGAGGGUCUCCCCUUCUGGAAACCCCCAGAAAAAUUGAAGGCAGGCAGCCUGUCUGGCUCUGGCACACAGCUGACUUGGGUUAGCAAUAAAUCUGAUUGUUAUUUUUAUAUAUAUUCUUUAUUGAUAAUAAAAUGUAAUAUGGAGA